AGCACAGCGCUCGCCCUUGUGUAGCGCGUUCACGAUACCGGUACACUGGUUGAAUGAUGGCCGAAGGAGGCGGACCCGAGUCGGGUAGCGCGGCAGACUCCGACUCGGAGCCGGUAGCUGCGCAAAUGCCUACACCUUCAACCGAAAGUCAAAAACAAACUAUUGGGACACUAUUGAAAACAACUCUUAGAAAAGGAGACGAAUGGUAUCUAAUAGACAGUCGGUGGUUCAAGCAAUGGAAGAAGUAUGUGGGGUUUGACAGCUGGGAUAUGUACAACAUUGGAGAACGUAACCUCUAUCCAGGGCCAAUUGAUAACUCUGGGCUGUUCUCAGACCAGGAGACUCAGGCCCUGAAAGACCACCUUAUAGAUGAGCUGGACUAUGUCCUUGUACCAACUGAGGCCUGGAAUAAACUUGUCAGUUGGUAUGGCUGCUGUGAGGGCCAGAGGCCUAUCGUCAGGAAGGUGGUAGAACAUGGUAUGUUUGUUAAGCACUGUAAGGUGGAGGUCUAUCUGCUUGAACUCAACCUGUGUGAGAAUGACAACAUGAACAAUGUCAUCACACGUCAUUUCAGCAAAGCUGAUACUAUAGAAACUAUAGAGAAGGAAAUGCGGACCUUGUUCAAUAUCCCUUUAGAGAAGGAGACCAGACUCUGGAACAAAUACAUGAGCAACACAUAUGAGCAGCUGAACAAGCCUGACAGCACUGUACAGGAUGCUGGCCUCUUCCAGGGACAGGUGCUUGUGAUCGAGCGCAAGAAUGAGGACGGGACAUGGCCCAGACAAGCUUCCCAUCCCAAAUCCAGUGCAACACCAUCCAGGAAUUUUACUACCUCCCCAAAACUUUCCUCAAACUCAUCAGCUAGUAUAUCCCCAACAGUAACCAACGGAGACAGCAGCCCUGGAUACACACUUAACAACAGCACCUCCUCUAGUAACAGAUUUGGAAGCUACAGUUCGUAUAGCUCCUCCUACAACUACAGAGAGUCACAAUCACAACCUGGCCUCUGUGGUCUCAGUAAUUUGGGCAAUACAUGCUUCAUGAACUCUGCUCUCCAGUGCCUGAGCAACGCAUCUCCGCUCACAGAGUACUUCCUUAAUGAUCAGUAUGAGGCAGAGAUUAACAGAGAGAAUCCGCUGGGAAUGAGGGGCGAAAUAGCUGAGGCUUAUGCAGAUCUAGUAAAGCAGAUGUGGCUGAGCCGCAACAGCUACGUGGCACCACGAACCUUCAAAACCCAGGUUGGACGCUUUGCUCCCCAGUUCUCAGGCUACCAGCAGCAGGACUCGCAGGAGUUGCUGGCCUUCCUGUUGGACGGGCUCCAUGAAGAUCUAAACCGUGUCAAGAAGAAGCCUUACUUGGCCCUGAGAGACGCUGAGGGCCGUCCAGAUGAGAUUGUUGCCAAGGAGGCUUGGAAGAACCACCGCCUGCGAAAUGACUCCAUUAUAGUUGAUAUUUUCCAUGGCCUCUUCAAAUCCACACUGGUCUGCCCAGAGUGCUCCAAGGUGUCUGUAACAUUUGACCCGUUCUGCUACCUCACAUUGCCUCUGCCCAUGAAGAAAGACCGUACAAUGGAGGUGUUCUUGGUACGAUCAGACCCUCAGUCUAGACCCACUCAGUACCGAGUGGUGGUCCCCAAAAUGGGAACAGUGACGGACCUGUGCAGCGCCUUGUCCAAACUCUGUGAUAUCCCUCCAGAAAAUAUGGUGGUAGCAGAUGUUUACAAUCAUAGGUUCCAUAAAAAUAGACGGGAUGAUGGUCUGAACCAAAUCUUGGAAAAAGAUGACAUUUUUGUGUAUGAGGUUCAGGAGGAAGACAGUGAGAGGAUGAACCUGCCUAUAUAUUUCAGGGAGCGCCACUCCAAGCAUGCUGGAAGCUCUACAAGCACCUUGCUGUUUGGCCAGCCUUUACUCAUCACAGUGCCCAAACACAACCUCACAGCAGAUGUUCUUUAUGAAAGGAUCCUGGAGAGGAUUGGACGCUAUGUAAAGCACCCCCAGAGUCCUAAUAGUGAAAGCAGAGCGUCAGCCUCUGCCACCAUAUCCAGCUGCAGCCAGGCUCCUGAAUGUUCAGCAUCAUCCAGUCUCAAUGCCAGCCUGGGCGGCUGCGGCAGCCCCCUGUCAGACGGGGCCUCCUGCAGUGGCAGCUCCAGCAGUGGCAGCAACCACUCAGGAACGUGUAUUGAAUCUAAUGGGCAAUAUGAUGGUGAAGAGGAAGCCAUGGACCACCAAGUGAGUCCUGAGCAAGAGAAUGGUCUAUCUGAAGAAGAGGAGGAAACCUCUGACUUAGAAAAUGGCUCCAAAGGAGACACAGCAAAGCUCUUUACUUUCAGCAUUGUCAACUCUUACGGAACAGCCAACAUCAGCCAGCUGCCUUGCGAUGGAAAUAUCCUCAAACUUAAUCCUCAUUCCACGGUGGCCAUCGACUGGGACACAGAGUCAAAGAAACUGUGUUAUGAUGAGCAGGAAGCUGAGGCCUACGAGAAACAUGACAGCAUGCUGCAGCCUCAAAAAAAGAAAGCCACUGUGGCUCUGAGGGAAUGCAUCGAGCUCUUCACAACUAUGGAGACUCUGGGAGAACAUGAUCCUUGGUAUUGUCCAACAUGUAAGAAACACCAACAGGCCACAAAAAAGUUUGACUUGUGGUCGCUGCCUCGCAUUCUGGUCGUCCACCUGAAGCGUUUCUCCUAUAAUCGAUGUUGGAGGGACAAGCUGGACACAGUGGUGGACUUUCCCAUCAGGGAUCUGAACAUGUCGGAGUUUGUUUGUGACCCUAAAGCAGGCCCUUACAUCUAUGACCUUAUUGCUGUUUCAAACCACUAUGGAGGAAUGGGAGGAGGCCACUACACGGCUUAUGGGAAGAAUAAAGUGGAAACAAAGUGGUAUUACUUUGACGACAGCAGUGUUUCUUCUGCCACAGAGGACCAGAUUGUGACAAAAGCAGCCUACGUGCUCUUCUAUCAGCGCAGGGACGAGGAAAGCCCCUCCAAACCUCAACCUUCGGCCUCGUUGGGUGGAGCCCCGGAGUCGGCCGAUUACCACAUGGACAUAAACUGAGGAGCCCUGAUUCAAAGGGACAUUCACGGAAAUUCAUAUGGCAAAUAGACACUUGGAUGCGCACAUAAACCUUCAUUAGUGGCAGAGGAUUCCACAGACUUAUUAAUCUUACCUUCUCCGUGUUUUAUUUGAUUUCUGUUUUGUAUGUUUUUGGCUAGAGCCAGCAGUCUCGUCAGAAGAGUGAACUGGGAGUCCUCCCUGCAGCGGGUGGCCUACUGAUUUCUCAUCAUAGUUUACUAGUCUCAAACAAAGAGGAAUAUGAAUGCAUAUAGAUCCUCUCACUGGAUGAACAGAAUGUUAGAAGUGCCCUCAGAUUUGUAGAUAAAUGUUUCCGUUGCCCUCAAGAAGAGUCAAAUAUUUUUUAAAAAAAGCCAAAAUGCACAUAUUGUUUUGACCAAAGCGCUCCAAGCUAUUUAUGAAGACACGAAGCAGACGUUGGCAGGAUACUGGCAUUGUGCCUAGGUUACAUCUGAUAUUCUUGCUGUGCAGAGGUGAAUGCAAACUCAUAACAGUGUCAUGUGCACACAGAACAAUACAUGGCAUCGUUGUUGCAAGAAUCCUGACCCUAAUGCCAGCUCUUGUAAGUGGAUCAAUUUCGAAAGUGAUCGUGCUGCUUCAGAGUGGCCGUCAUCCUCGUGGCCUGCUGGAUCUGUGUUGCAGUCUAAACCACAGAAGGGAUGUCUCGUUUCAAGAUUUUAAUCGUCUGACUUGACAAGUAGAAGCAUUUUUUUAGCCUUGCUGUUUUAUUUAAUGCAUAGCACAGACUCUGCUGUCUUUCAUGCCCCUUCUAAGCGUCCCACCUUGCUUACCAUGUAAAGUUUUUUAAAUUAAACUUUUUUUUUUUCCUUUUGUUUUUGUAAUCACAUUGAAAAAAAAAAAGCGGCCUUUCAAUUCCUGCAACCUGAUGAAAAGGAGGCACUUUGAAAUUUGAGUACAUGGUCUACCUGCUUGUGGUGCAUCUAGAUACGACAGCAGCGUGUGGUGUGGCCGUAGCAUUAAAAUGAACGGCCCGGCGAACAAUUUCAGAUCAAUUUAACGUGUCUUUGAAUCAUAAUUUGACUGCUGCCUGGUUGGACACUCGCUCUGCUGCAAUAGCUUGUCCUUACUAGUCAUGUGCAUUAACGCAGCUCUGUAUUGAAGUGGCUGAUAUCUUUAAAGCACACUGAAUGAAACUAAAUAAACUAGUAUAAAAGUGGUGCUUUAUUCAUGAAACUUGCGCAGGUUUUUUCUCGUGAAUAGAAGCAAGUUCAUGGAAUCCAAUAGAGGUGAGACAGUUCUGACUGAGCCAAAAAUGUUUUCCUUCUACCAUUAAAACACUAUUCUGCUUUUAAGUUAAACAUUUAUGUUAUUUCUGGAAUUUGAGAUGAUAAAAUAAAGUCCCUUUUUUUUCUAAAUUUAGUCUUUAUAGAGAAAUGAUUCCAGGAAGCACAGUUAUAAAUGUGUCUUAAAUGUGGUCAAUUAACAACAAUAUAAUGCAUUUACUUGUACUCAAUAUCAAAGA